AGAGAGAGCGGAAAAUGGCGGUGCUCUGUUUCGUGCUUGAUCUCCGGAGUUUAUUGCCUCCAAUUCUUCGAGAUUUGAAGGAGGCAUUGGUUCAGCUUGGAAAUCUCUAUGUGGCUUCAUGUGGGAGAGGGGAGAGGGAGAGAUCGAUGAGCGGGAGGCCGAUCCUCCUAGAUCGGAUGGGUUUGUGCUACAUUCGUGGGAGCAAAACCCCAUCGUCUUCCCCUGAGCUGAAGAUAGUGUAUAGACCUGCUGAAAUUUUCAAUCUCCGUGAUUUCCAUCAUGCUGUCAACAGCUUGCCAUUGGACUGCUUUCUUCCUGACUUGGUUGAUUCAAUAGCUAUGGCAAGUGAAAAUCAAGAGUUGACUCUUGCAAGCCUUCUCAGCGAUAAAGCAUUGUACUCAUGGGGCGGUGACUCUGUUUCAAAGAAAGUAAUUGUGGUCGGCUCCAUUGCAUUUAAAAACAAUGAAGCUCUUCAUGAAUCUCUUAUGCAUGCUGCAGAUAGAUGUGUUGCUGUGGAGUUCGUGUUAUUGGAUCAUGAAGAAACAAAUGCACCCCACAUUAUGCUUGAGAAGCUUAAGGAAUUCACUUGUAGCAUUAAUGACCUGGAGAAUUGUGUCCUAAGGAAGUAUCUUCCUGAUGCUUUGAUCUUGGGUGGCCUUGUAAGACGGUGGCUUCAAGAACUAAGGAAUGAUACGGAAGAACCUCUGCAGGCCAUUUUUAGUUUCAAAGAUUACCUUGUGGGUUCUAGAAACCAAAUCAUCUGUAAUCUAUUCUCCUCCACUAAUCAGAUCAUUGAUGGCUUUAAACCUUGUCAGGUUUGCAGGUGCCAUGGUCAUCCUCUCGAUGGUUAUGUCAGUAAUAGGACAAAAAGUUCUUGUUGUCCUGUUACAAGAAAUGAGCUUGGGCCAUCAGAUUUGGUUGAGAAUGCAGUAAGGGUUGGAGAAGAAACUAUCUUAUUUUUGCCCUCCUUUGAUUUCUCUACAAAUCUCCGGCAGAUUUCUGCUCCUAUAAUUUUCAAUGUUGUUGAGCGCACCAGCUUGACCUCCCUAAAUGAAGGUGUGACAGUAGGGACAUCCUUUAUAGUUACUCCAGUUGCUCCUCACGAAAUGGAAGCUGUUUCGGAUGACUGUGCUGAGUCUGAGCUGAACAUUCAAUCUUUUCACGUGCUGUGUGGAGCUCUUUUCCAUCUUGAUCAAGGGUUGGUUUGUUCUUCAACUUGUAAUACGGAGACUAUGAAGGAUGGAACACUUCAAUCCUUCUAUAUUCUUCAGCCUUCAGAUAGAGGACCAAUGCUUUUGAGGAGGCUUGCUGGAUCUGAAGAAGUUUUACCACUACCUGAAUUUAGUCAAUUGAAAGAUGUGGUGAUACCAGAGGAGAUUGCAAACUCUAUCCAAGCAUCAUUAUCAAAGAUUGACCAAAGAGACUAUAAUCCUCUUCAGCAUGAUAGAGGUCUCCAUUCAGGGCUAAACAGGCUUGUAAAGGAAAGCUUGCAAUUUGGAUCUAUCCAUUAUCCCCUUCAAGUUGAGACAAGUCCUAGAGCCGAACACCCUUCUCUUAAUAAAGGGCCCCUUACACGACAGUCCUUGAUUGGCCAAGGUUCUGUUCCAGAGAUACAUCCAAACCAAAAUAAAGAAGAAAAUGCCUCUACAUGUUUUACAGAAGAGUGGGAAGAGCUACUUGUCAUUGAUGAAAUGAAUGAUAACUUUUCUCCUUCCAGCUUAUCCAAACCAAAGGUCCAAAAUUGCACCAUGCAAGUUCAGACAAAACCUUUAGAUGACAAAACUUGGCGAAUUUUGGAGAGACUGGAGGCCCCAAAGCAACAAAAACCAGAUGCAAAUUCACCAUUAAUCUCUGGUAAUUUGAUAAGUGGACCAAUUAAAAAGCCUCUACUCCCGUUAAAAUCAAAGUCAAGCCCACCAUUGAAGCCCAAUUUCCAGAGACCGAAAAGGAAGCAAAGGUAGGGUAUAAGGCGCUUGAUAACGGAGCUAGGUCAUUAGCAGAAUUGUCAACAGGUAUGUUUUUCGUUUUUGUACAUUCACCUGGUUAAUCAUGCUUACUUAUCAAUUACCUGUGCAUGCACACACAUACAGAAACACAUACACAUGCAUAGAUGUUAUCACACAGAGCGUUAUGUAGUGAAAAUCCCUUAUAUUACUGAACUCAAUCAGUGCCACUGGCGUCUAUGCUUACUCUGUUCAAACUGGGAAAAAACUUUAAGUCCUUUCCACACUUGAGAUUCUUGUUAGAUUAAGCGGUUCACAGUUGGUUGCAUGCCUGGUGUUGCAGAAAAGCAAGUACAUGUAAACCCUUAUAAUGUUCUGUGACUGAAUGAAGAUUGUACUGGGCCAUCUUUGGGAGGGCAUUCAUUCGUAUGAAUGACUGUUGCAAGUUGUGUUUGACUUUAGUUGAUUUUAUGUCAAACAAUAAAUAAAUCUGAAUCUUAGCA